AUGAGUUCAGCAUCACGUGAAGAAGAAGCUCAAAAAUUAUUAGGUCAAUUACAAAUGAAAAUGAUUGAUAUUCAAACAUCAUUGAAAAAAUCAACAGGACAAAUUGAAGGACUUAAACGUGAAAUUCAACGCUCAAAAUUAACUGAUAAAGAAAUUAAUACACUUAAACCUGAAACACCAAUGUUUAGUUCAGUUGGUCGAAUGUUUGUAUUAAAUACAAAAGCUGAAGUUCGUGAACAAAUUGAAAAGAAAAUCAAAACAUGUGAGGAUGAUAUUAAAAAACAAGAAGGAACGAAAACAUACUUGGAAAAACAAAUGCGAGAAUGUGAAACACAAUUUAAAGAAAGACUUGGAGGAGGAGCAGCAGGAGGAAAAAAAUCACGUUCUUAA